GAGUUACUAUUCUAACUGGAGUGCUUACUUCGUUUGACAUAAAAACUAAAAAUAUACUUUAUCUCUAUGGCUUAAAGUUUAUUUUUAAAUAGCAAAAGAUGUAAGGAAAAACGGUCUGAAAAGAGAAUGAUUAUUAAGUGGUGGUGUCCCUCUCGCACAUUUUACAAACAAAAAGCAGUGUUGCUAGCUUAGAGGAUUUUCCAUAAAAUCUCGGAAUUUGGACCCCGUCUUCGUUAUCAAAAAUGGCUUUUAGUGGUUAGUGGAUUUUUUAGUAGCUUGGGUGUUGUUGAAAAUUAUCGAAAAGUUUAAAAUCAAUCCACUUUACAGGAUUUUAAACAUUUUAUGACAAUAAUAUAUCUAAAUACAUAUUAUUUAAACGAAGUGACUUAAACUUAACUAGAAAAUGUUGCGAGAAUUUAGAAUUUCCAUCAACGUCAAAAAUUAAAUUGGUUCAAAAUAAACGUACAAAGUUAUGGUGAAAUUAGUUUCUGAUGAUGACAAUUUAUUAAAAUAAAUUAUAUAAGAAGUAUUGAUUAUAUGAUAUAUAUUGAUUUUUAAUAGAACAUCAUAUAUUAAUAAAGCUUAUUAACAAAAAAAUUAUUGUUCUAUGUUAAUAAGAACUCUGUUUAAUGGAAAAUUUAAUGGUAGGUACGUAGAUUUCUGAUGGUUUUCAUGUUGAAUUUGGUGGGAAGCCAGAUUAAUUGUUGGCAUCACCGAAAAAGAGCUAUGAAUGGAUUAAAAGAAAAAUGGCGUCUAUUUACGUUUGUAGUGCGAAGUUAAAAUGGCACUGAUACAGCUUGUGGCUUGUUUUUUUUUCGAAAAUCGUGAAAGUUUCCGUGUAAUCAUGGUGAACACUUUUAAUGUAAGUGGUUUUAAGCGAGAAUCGUCUCCAGUUUGUGGAAUAUCCUUCCAUAUGUCAGAUUCAUUGAUAAAUUUUUACUAGUGUGAGCAUAUAUUUUUAAAAUGUGAGAUAUUUUUUCUCAUUAUAAUAUUUAAUACCAUUUGUCUUGUAAAUUGUACUUAAUCUAUGUCAUAUACUAAAUUUGAAAAAACAAUCGUGAAAACUAUAAUUUUGCAAUGUAUUUUUCAUUUUAUAAGAGCCAUCACGUGGUAUUUUUUGAACUUUUUUUAUUGUAUUGAAUAGCGUCGCACGGAAGCAUGUAUAUCAUUUGCCUGACGUUAAGCGAACGAGUAGGAUCUUCUAGUAAAUAUGACGUUGGAAUUUCUGGAAAAUGUCCUAUAUAAAGGUCAAACAAGAAGAAUCAAGUACUCAAACGCAAGAAAUAAAAAAUACCCCGAGAAAAGCAAAAUUACGACAAGAUGUUAAGGUAUUGAAACAAAAACUUAAAAGUCGCGAAAUAGUGAUUGUAAAUAUAAAGUCGAUUUUAGAUUUAUUAAAGAAAAAUGGCGAUUUUUAAUUGAAUUGAAAUUUAAAUUGCGAAAUUUUAAUGAUACUCAUGGUCCACUUAGAUAUUGAUUAAAAUAAAUUAUGUAUUUCGUUGAAAAAAAAGAAUUUACUUAAAAUAGAGGAAAUGUUAUAUUAUAAGACUACAGAAAAUUAACUGAACUUAAUAAUAAUAAUAUGUAUAACCAAUAUUUUGUAAAUAGAGAUCAAGUACUAUGUGUAUCGUGUUAUGUGUAUUGACUUGUCAUUUAAGAGUUAUUUAAUUGUCUACAUAUAACAAAUAAAUGAAUUUCAGUUCAUUUCAUUUUAUUACCCAUUGUGUUUUAUUUCCUAAAAUGUAACUAGUAGACUUAAUAUACACGUGUCAUUAAAAUAGCACAGAAGUAAAAAUACAAACAAUUUUAAAUCAAUUGAAGAUGUGAAUGUAGGAAAAGAGCACCCGAUACGCGCAGACCAUGUGUGUUGCAGUGUCUCACUCAGUGUGUCAAAUAUUAAUUUGCACGGCCCACUUAGCCAGUACAUUAAAGUAGGAAUUGCGUAAUUAAGUUCAACAUAAUAUAUUAUUUAAGUCGCGGUUGAGUAUUCGGACGUUAAACACGAGUUUGAGGAAGUUUAAGUAAUAGAACUGAGGUAAUGAUGUUUGUAAUAAAACUCAGUGCUAGAUUUUCGACAACGCAGCAAUUUCCAAAAAAAACCGUCGAAAAAAAGUCACCAUGACGACGAAGCAAUGUUUAGAAUUGAAUUUACAUAAAUAAAAGGUUGCAAGCACGUGUUUUGUAUUUACAUAGGGUUACACAGAAUUACUUAAGGUAAAUUCAAAACUUAUGCAUGUGUAUAAUUUUGUCCUAUAAUUAAAUUAUAUAUGGUCACCACAUUAGACAAGGACACCGCGACCAAAAAGUAUUCUCUUUCGAGACCGAUUUCUCGGCAUUAGACAGCACUCCAGUUGUAGGUACUUAUUAACUCCAUGGGCACGACAGACGUCUCGAAAUAGGUAUUAGCAAUUUGUCGUUUGUUAACUCUUCGAAGUAAAGUUUAGUGUCAAAGUGUGUCGGUCAUUGCGGUGUCCUAUGCUAGUGCAUGUUGUGUGCGAGUGUUGGCCAAGUGUCACUUUGUGAUACCACGUUUAUCUAAAAAGUUUUUGUGAUUGUGUUUCUUGUUUUUACCAAUAAAAUCAUCCCGACGUUUGUUUUGGAUUUAUGUACACUUGAUUACGGUGAUGCUGGGCGGGGCGGUGUCGCCGGGCGGCGACGACCUCCUCACCGUCACCGUGGUCCGCGACGAGCAUGGAUAUGGAAUGAAGGUUUCAGGUGACAAUCCGGUGUUCGUGCAAUCAGUGAAGGAGCACGGCGCAGCGUGGCGGGCCGGCCUGCGGGCUGGAGACCGGAUCCUGAGGGUCGACUCUAUACCAGUACAUCAUCACACUCACCAGCAAGUUGUCCAUAUGAUACGAGCGAACCCGACGACCGUGCUCACCGUGCAGCAGAACACUUCAAGACACAAAACUCCCAUCACAGCGCCGGUGCCCGUCAACUCGGAGAAGCAGCGUCAGCUGGAAGUCUCUAAGGUCCACACGAUGAGGUUGAUGCUGGAGCAAGAACAGAAGUACAUCAGAGACCUUCGUAAUGAACUAUCAAAAGUCCCCGACGUGCGAAAACAAGCUCAGCUAGAAGCUGCCGAGCUGCGUUGCUCCAAGCUGCAGCACGAGAUCGACAGCAUCAUGGCCGGACAGCCCGAGCCGACCUCACCCGCGCCGUCCACGCCGCGCCUUAACACUCGCACCCGGAGCAGCCUCGACAAGAGCCCCCUCUCGCACAACACGGGCUUCCUCAGCGGCCUUCCGCGCUCCCUGAGCAACCUCACCGGACAAUCCUUGAGGAACCUUCGGCAGGCGCGCCAGAGCAACAAGAACCAGCAAGAGAACCAACCUCCGCUCGUGCGACAGAAUUCGGACGAUGACACCAAGCGACGUCACGCGCACAACAACACUGUGCCUCUGGUGCCGACCACUUGUCUGGAUAACGUGACCCCUCCCCCUCUGCCUCCGCGAUCGAUCGAGAGACCAAAGAGGAGCCCGUUGAGCCCACCGACCACGCCGGUCAAUCCCCUAGCCAAACCUAAGCCGUGCUCUACGAGCUUUGCACAGAAGAACAACACGGGGAGGUAUUAUCCCGAGAGGCCUCAGUUUCCGAUGCACCAGUCCAUGCCGGGCUACAAGGACGACCACUCGAGGCAGUUCCGGAGGUCGUCUCACUCUCUGGACGGGGAGCUCGAGGGUCCUCAGCCCAAUUCGAUCGCGUUGCAGAUGAGUUACCCGUUGGUGAAUUUACCACCUCCGCCGCUGCAGUUUAAUUUUAUACAGACGGACAACAGGAGUGGCGUGCCGGUGCUGCACACCAGGAGCAGGUCCUCGCCGGAGCAGCUGGAUUGCGAGUUGACCAGGUCGAACACGCUGCCCGGCGCCGCCCCCGCGGCCCCCACGCCCACCCCGCCCCCGCCCGGCACGCCGCCGCCCCCCUACCACACCAACACGCAGCCGUGUGCCGAUCCCCAGAGGGCCAUCAUCUCAAUGGAGGAGGAUGACUCCCCCGCCUCGGACACGUCCACAUACUCCGGGCUGUUCUCGAACCUGCGGUCGGUGCGCGAGUCCAAGGCCAGGACCGCGGUGCUGCUAAACUGGCUACUGGGAGAAAGGAGAUGCGCGUGCGCCAGUCUGCUGCUGAUCCUCACGGACGCGUACCGGUCGGCGAGUGGCGUGACGGCGGCCACGCUGCGCCGCUGGGCCUACGAGAUACACUCCACGUUCCUCAUGCCCAACGCGGUUCUACAGCUGAAUGGCGUCGACGAAAACAUGGCGAAUGAAAUCGAACAUAUCCUAGUUAACGAGCACGACAAGGAGGAGCUGGUCCGCAACGUGUUCCGCAAGGCGCGGCAGAAGGCGAAGGAGGAGCUGAGCUCGCAGCUGUCGGAGUUCCAGGUGAAGCGGCAGGUGGGGCUCGGCACGCUGUACGGCCCGCACGACGCGCUGCUGGAGCGCUGCGACCUGGACAAGGCGCAGGAGCUGGUGGUGGUGGAGCAGGUGAUGACGUCACAGUUGCGCGCGGUGAGCGCCGCGUCCCCCGCGCCCGCCGCCCCCGCCCCCUCGCCCGCCGCCGCGCAGGACGCGCACAACACGCUGCUGGCCGCGCUCAUCGCCGCCGCGCUCGCGCUGCACUGCCGGCCCGCGUCCGUGGCCGCCGCCGUGGGGGGCGCCCGCGCCUCCUUCCUGCAGAGGGACAAGCUGUACAAGCAGAGGGUCAAGCAGAUCAUGAAGCAGCAUCCCCAGCCGUUCGUGGUGAGGGGCCACCACCUGCAGCUGCAGGCGCUGACGUCGGUGGGGCACUGCCACCGCUGCGACCACGUCAUCUGGGGCCUGGCGCCGCAAGCCUACGUGUGUGCCGAUUGCAAGCUGCGGGUCCACCGCGCCUGCGCCAAGUCCGUGGAGGAGGGCUGCUGCCUCGACGGGGAGCACCACACCAACAGGAUAUCACGGUUCAUGGAGCGGAUGCAUCCCAACAAUCAACCCAACGCUCAAGACGUGAACGACAAGAAAUCAAGAAAGGCUUCGGGCACGGCGCAUUUCCUCAACAUGGAGCGCAGUUUCCGCAAGGCUGAAGACGAGGCACCCUGGGACGCGAUCCUCGCACCAGCUCAAGGAGAGUCAAGAAGGGAGGGUUCGACGGACGAGCCGUCCGCCCCCGAAGUCGACGUUGAUAGUAACGAUGUCAACUCUAAAGAUGCUGACAAGGAAACCAAUUGGCGUACAACGACAUCUAGCGGUCGCGGCGUGAACCGCGCCGAGAGCUGUCGCGAGCGUGACGCGCCCCGCCGCGGGAAGCACCGCAACGCCAGCGACCCCAACCGACUCACCGCACACAACAACCAUGACUUGGAGCCCGGGGCGCCGACGGCCCCCUCCGGCAGCUCGAGCAGCUCGAGCUUAUCAUCCCGGAGCAAUGAGAGCAACACCGUCGUAGCCGAACAACAAGCCACACAGUCGGACUGGUCCGAGGAGGACGAGCCGCUGGCCGCGCAGUGGGUGGACAGCGUGCCCCCCCACGUGCUGGACGCGCUCGACCUCAGCGCCAGGCUCCGCAAGCGGCAGGAGGUCAUACACGAGCUAAUAGUGUCUGAGGGCUCCCACGUCCGCUGGCUCAAAGUCCUGGGCGGCGUGUUCCUGCGCGGCCUAGAAGCGCAGCCGAGCUUACUGCCCCCCGACGAGCUGAGAGCUUUGUUCCCAAACUUACCGGCCGUGAGAGAGAGGCACCAGCGGCUCUACUGCUCGCUGAAAGCUCUCAGAGCGGUGCCCGCCAACCCGCUGGUCACCAUCCGACCAUUAGCUGAUGCUAUUCUGGAGACGCUGGGCGAUCCGGGCUACGCCCCGUGCCUGUCCCGGUUCUGCAGCGGACAGCGCCUCGCGCUGGACGUGCUCCGGGAGCGGAGACGGAAGAACAAGGAGCUGCACCAGUUCCUGUCCAGCAAGGAGCAGCUGCCGCUCUGCGGGCGCCUGCAGCUCAGGGACCUGCUGGCCUGUGUGUGGCAGAGGCUGACAAAGUACCAGCUGCUGCUGGAGAACAUCCUGAAGACGGUAUCGGAGGGCGACGAGGAGAGCGCGGAGGACGUGGGGCGGCUGCGGCGCGCGCUCGCCGUCGCCAAGGACGUGCUGCACGGAGUCGACACCGCCGUGCGCACCGCAGAGAACGAGCACAGGUUGCGCAGCAUCCAGCAGAAGCUGGAGGUCCGCGUGCCGGCCGGCGGCGAGUGGGAGGAGCUGCGCCGGCUCGACCUCACGCAGCGCGCCCUCCGCCUCGAGGGAGACCUGGCCAUCCGAGGAGACUCCACCAAGAAGAUACACGUGCUGGCGUUGAUGCUAGAAGACAGUUUGGUCCUGCUGCAGCGGGAGGGCGACAAGUUCGUGCUGAAGCCGAUCCCGCAGUCCAGCAGCGCGCAGCACCAGCUGCUGUCGCCGCUCGUCAAGUGGGACAAGGUGCUGUUCCGGCCCAACGCGGCCGUCAGGAACACGUUCUUCCUCAUGAACAUCAACGGCGUCCAGAUGCACGAGCUCUCCGCCAGCAGCGCGCAGGAGUACGCCGCCUGGGUCAAGCACAUAGAAGAGGCUCCGCUGGCAAAGCUGACCGAGUUGAAGUCGAGCCUGACGCCUUCCCACCAGACCAGCCGCUCCGUCGACGACACGGGCGCCAGCGUGUCGCGCAACCCCUCCGACGCGUCGGAGAAGUCGCCCCUCCCCGCCGACGAGCCCUCGCCGCCAGAGCGAGACGGGACCUCCGCCGACCGGAGCCCCGCCGAGAGCGAGAGGGACGACAACACCCCCACCAGACUCGAGGAGAGGCGCUCCCUGGACAAGGAGGAAGUGUCCGACAGAGAGGAGAAGCACACGCCGCGGCGGCCGACGGUGGGCUGCAUCAGCACGCACGUGUGCGCGCCCCCCGCCCCCCUGCAGGGCCCCGCCGCGCUGGCCGUGCGCGAGCCGCCCGUGCACACCGCGCGCACAGUCUGCACGCCGGAAGAGUACCUGCGGCGCCUGGACUCGCAGAUCCGGCGCGCGAUGCUGGCCAAGCGCGACAUCGUGGCCGACAUGCUGGGCGUGCCGCGCCGCGACUACGAGCAGCUGGCCGAGCUGUGCGUGGCCGACACGCUGGGGACCGUCGACAUAGACCAGGAGCUGCGUUCGACGGGCGACCGGCUCUCCCGCUCCGACAGCGUGGAGGAGGAGGGCGACAGGGCGGAGCCGGACGUGCACCAGCUGCUGCUGGCGACGUUCGCGCAGGCGGACGAGAUCCUGUCGUGCGUGCGGCGCGGCCUGCGCGCGUCCGAGCCCGCCGCCGUGCUGGCGCGCGCCCGCCCGCCCCGCGCCGCCAGGCACCUCGCCGCCGACGACCUGAUUCCACUAGCGCCGCUGUCGCCCGAGGGCGGGGCGGGGGCUGAGGGCGCGGAGCGGCGCGGGGCGGGGGGCACGUGCGCGCCCUGCGCCGCCGGAGCCCCGCCCCCCGACGCCGGGGAGGGCGGCGCCCUGGACGACAGCUACGAAGGCGAGGUGUCGGCGCAGGAGCUGGCGUGUCGCGUGGCCGGUGCGGCCCUGGGGCUGCAGGACGCGGCGCGGCGGCUGCUGGUGGCGUGCACCGCGCCCGCCGCCGCGCCGCCGCGCCUGCGGGAGCACCUCGCCGUGCUCAGCGAGACCAACCACCGCCUCGCGCACCGCGCCCUGCGAGCACAACAAGCGGCGCCGGACGCGACCGCCGACACGGACGCGGCGCCCGGAGCUGCGACACCGGUCAGUGCAUCGCAACUAGACGAGCAGGCGAGCAACGGAGGGUGAUCUCUCAUCUCAAUAAAAUACGUAAAAACUAAACCAAAAUCGGAACUCGACGAGGCACGGGCCCCGCGGGACUGGACGGACGUGACGUCACGGGCCCGCAUCGGUCCGGCCAGCGUCCGGCCAGCAUCCGGGCAACAUCCGGGCGCUUUCCAGCAUUACUGUCGUAAAUAAUGUUAACCGCUAUCGAAUACGAAAAAUGUAUAUUUUGUAAUAAAAUGAUAUAUUGUUUAUUUAGCUUUAUCUUAUUGUUAUAUGUAAUAAAUAAAUGAUUCCAUACGUAAGUCUGUAUGUGAGCGGCCCGCGAGUGGCGCGCCUGUGUUAUAUCGUCAUUAUAAUUAUUACGAAAU